CUGAAGAAUAACAUUUAUUGUAGACUAUCGUAAGGUAUAUUAUUAAAUAUUUGAUUUAAUAAUGCCUCCGAAGAAUGCCUAUAGAUGUGUUGUGGAUGGCUGUAAAUCGAAAGAUGUGAUAUGUCAUCGUUUUCCUAAUCCACGUUCAGAUAUGGAAAGACUUAAAACUUGGAUGAAAAUUGUUGGAUUAGAAUAUGAAGAUCCGUAUUUAGUUUAUAACAAAAAGUAUAUUUGUUCUUUACAUUUCACAAGUAAUUGUACGAGUCCUGGCACUAAACGACUUAACGCUAAUUCGAUUCCGUCACUGUUUUUACCAAUCCAACGCAAUACAGAUGAAUUAAAUAAUUUGGAUACUUCAGUGAUGUCCGGUAUUAUUGAAUUGGAUACUUCCCAAGCUAAUUCUAAUGCCAUUA